AUGGCAGCACGACCUCUACUGAUUAGCCUCGCUUCAGCAGCUCGGCCAAGGGCCCUGAGCCUUCCCAUCCGAGCUGCAACCAGACGAGCGUUUCAGCUAUCUACAGCAAACCUCAGACCCACGGCUGCCACAUUGAGUCCUUCAGAGUCGAUUCCGCUCAAUAGCCAUACACCAACCCCGGGCACCGUACCCCCCCAAGCCGAGGUGUUUCCAGAGAACACGCACGCGGCCUUCCUGGGUGAGGCUGACAGCAAUCAAGGGCACGACGCCGUGCGAGAGGCCCACGGGGCACCACAACCCGCCCUCGAAGCUGAAAAUUCGGCAUUCCUGGGCGAAGCAGACUCGGAUGAUCACUUUGAAGUGCGCAAGACUAUAGAGGGAGAUAACAAUCCGCCCCUGGAUGCAAACAAUGCUGCGUUUCUUGGUGAGGCCGACAGUGAUGACGGCUUUGAGGCACGAAGGGCGGCUGAGGGGGACAACCAGGAAGGCCUGGAUGCGACGAACGCCGCGUUUCUUGGUGAAGCUGAUAGUGACGAUGCACAUGAGGCUGAUUUUGACAUACAUCCCGAGAGACAUCGUCACAGCAUCGAAGAUACCAGCGUCAGUGGGUUGCAUGGGCAACAGGGAGAACAAGAUCAGUGA